UUCGUUUCGUUUCAUUUUAAGUUUGUCGCUGGCCGCGUUCGGUUGUCCGGCUAGCUAGAUAGCCGCCACAGAAAUAUACGAUAACAAGCGGCCGAUAUCCCCUCUCGCACCACACGCAGCGAAAGAUCGCGGAAAAUCAGAAAACUCCGAAAAACAUCGGAUAAGCGUUUUUAUUUUGUUUACCCUUUCGGUUCGUUCUUAUUAUUUUGUUAGAUCUGUUGUUCGUGUUUUAUGUUUGGACCCCAACCCCUUCCACGAUUCCCAAGGGAAAAGAGACUACAAUUAGUUACUAAAUGUUAUGUGUUAUCAGAAAACAAGGGAGAGAAAGAACUCGCUCUAAAGCGGUUUAAAAGACAAACAGAAAAAGAAAAAUAACGGUGUGCGCACUUCCUCCCAUUCUCUUAAUCAAAUGAACCGAAAUUUAAAGAGAUUACAAUUAUCGCGUUUAAGUCUAUGAAGAGAGUUUUAAUACGGAGAACAAACGGUGCAGCCACCUACAAUGUCAGAGUCACGUUUACAUAAUUCGCUUUGAUGACGAUGUCUCGAUUGCCUCGAUACGGGGCCAAAAACCGCAAAAGAUUAUCCAGUUAACAAAACCAAAACCAUCGAAAUCAACUGAGAUUCCAGUGGGUAAAUUGCCAAGUGCAAGGUGGAAAGGUCAUCGUGCCCAAACCGACAAAUGAAAACCAAAAACAAGAUCAGCAUCAACAGCACCAACUGCCAAUGCUUUUGUCACUCGAGUCAAGGAACCGCAAUUAUUGAUGAGAAGAACGUACUGAGGAUACAUAGCCAUACGUACAAGUGCUUAAAUCACAAUCCGCGACCUCGGAUACUUGGCUAG